AGGUGGUGCCCAGGCGGAUCCUGCGUGCAGUCUCUCUCGCGCUCUGCUCCGGCCGUGCGGCGCCCGCCGCUCGCCAUCUCCUCCGCUCCAGCCCGCAGCCGGGCCCAGCCGCUGCUGCUCCGCACCCGGGGGGCGGCCGGCGCAGGCUCUGCGCGCGCCCGUUUGAAUUGUGGUGGUUGCAAAGGAGGGGGGGAAAGACAGGGGAAGGGCGAAGCGAGCGAACGAAAGAAGAGAGAAGGAGGCAGCAAAAGGCAACUUCAGACGGAAAGUUGGUGCGAACUGGCGCAGUCGGCAAAAACGGAAAAGUCGAUCGCAGGCUGCGGUGGCAUAAAAGUGUGAGCGCCCGGGGAGCACGACAGGCGGCCGCUGGCUCUGACCUCGGGUGGCGGCGCGGCGCCGGCCGCAGCUACAGGUGCGCCGGGGCUCGCAGGAGGCGAGAGGGCGCCCCUCGCACCCCGCCCCCAGUCCCCACCCCCAGCUGGGACUUCGGCUCAAGUCACUUGGCUGCCGAGCUCCCUCCCCAGCCGCAGCCGCAGGGGGGAGCGGAGCAGAAGCAGGCGGAACAGCCGGCGCCCGCCCCGGGGACUUGGGGUUCGCAGGGGGUUGUUUUCGGCUCUGAGGAGGUCCCCGCCCAACCUUCAAAAUUUUGUCCAAAAGCAGACAAGAGGAUCGCCCCGCGCUGAGCCGGCUGGUGGGCAGCAGGAGGCGCCUAAUCGCCGCCGGGGCGCUGGGGGUGGUGAUGGUACUCCUGCUGGUCAUCCUCAUCCCGGUGCUGGUGAGCUCGGCCGGCACGUCGGCGCACUACGAGAUGCUGGGCACCUGCCGCAUGGUCUGCGACCCCUACGGGGGCACCAAGGCGCCCAGCACAGCCGCCACGCCCGACCGCGGCCUCAUGCAGUCCCUGCCCACCUUCAUCCAGGGCCCCAAAGGCGAGGCCGGCAGGCCGGGAAAGGCGGGGCCGCGUGGGCCCCCAGGUGAGCCGGGGCCGCCGGGCCCUGUGGGGCCCCCGGGCGAGAAGGGCGAGCCCGGCCGCCAAGGCCUGCCGGGCCCGCCCGGGGCGCCCGGCCUGAACGCGGCCGGGGCCAUCAGCGCUGCCACUUACAGUACUGUCCCCAAGAUCGCCUUCUACGCGGGCCUCAAGCGGCAGCACGAAGGUUACGAGGUGCUCAAGUUCGACGACGUGGUCACCAACCUCGGUAACCACUACGAUCCCACCACCGGCAAGUUCACCUGUUCUAUUCCAGGCAUCUACUUCUUCACCUACCAUGUCCUGAUGCGCGGAGGGGACGGCACCAGCAUGUGGGCUGAUCUCUGCAAAAACAACCAGGUGCGAGCCAGUGCCAUUGCCCAAGAUGCGGAUCAGAAUUACGACUAUGCCAGCAACAGUGUCGUUCUUCACUUGGAGCCAGGAGACGAAGUCUACAUCAAAUUAGAUGGCGGGAAAGCCCAUGGAGGAAACAACAACAAAUACAGCACAUUUUCUGGAUUUAUUAUUUAUGCUGACUGAUAGUGCAGAAACGAAGCGUAUCAUCCCAGUUUGGACACUGGAUUCAUAUGGCCAACAUUGGUGAAUCAAGGAUCCCGUGGGCUGCCAUCUGAAGGGCACCUCAGCUGUGUAUAUGUGGGGGAAUUCAAAUGCUACCUGACUCACAUCUGUAUUCUCAGAAACAUUAUGUAAAAAAAAUAUUAAAAGCAAGAUAAGCAGAUGUGUCAUUCACUACCGCCAAAGCAAAUAGUCCUUGUCGUUAGUGUCCAUGUGAAUGAAGUCUUGGAUAGAUCACACAUUUUUAUAGAAAAAUCUAAGACACUGAAUUAUUUCUCCAAUAUAUAUGAUACUUUGGUGUCCUGUGAUCUUGCUGCUUUUAUCCAUAUGUCAGCUUUGGUUCUUGUGAGUUUUCACGCUUAUUAUGGUACUUGGAGUCCAUUCACAGAGUGGGGGGAGAGUGAUUUUACCCUGCAGGGGAAGGUCUAAUUGAAAUGAUGCUGCUUGUCCCCAAAGAAAUUAUUUGCCUUGUACUCUUGUGAACUUUAGAGCUAGACCUGGGAAUGAUUCAACUUCAAGCCUUAACCUGGAAUUUUCUGGAUUUGAGGGAAUUCCCAAGCCUAUGAUCAUUUUCACAUUUUCUUUUUCUUAUGAACUUAACUUUCUCCCUCUUCUGGUGGUAGUCUUUAAAAAUAGAGAUUGAAAUUGUAUCAUAGGAUUACCCUCUAAGUGUGAAAAUGUGUAAUUAUGUAUGGUAUUUAGAAAAUCCCCUAUGUGUCCAUUUUGUCAAUAGAAUGCGUUUAGAUUUACUUGGAAAGACAGAGAAAUUUAUUCUUUGGUGUUAAAUCAGACUAAGGCUUUUGCCUUCUUUGGAACAAAACAUUAUUCAUAAUCCAAUGCACAGAGGUUUAAUUUGAGCUACUGCAUGUGUCACCAAGGGGACCCUAAGUAAGGCCUUCAAAUAGUUACUACAAAACGUGGCCUGAGGUUAUUUCAAAAUGAACUAUUUCACAUGUAACCAAUACGACAACAAAAUGUUUAUAUAUUUUAUAUAAAUACCUGCUA